UCCUUUUCUCACUAAGAGAGGUACCGUAGCUAUAUACAGGAACACACUCAGAAGACCACCGUUAUGACCACACGAUGGACAUCUGGAAAGAAGUGACCCUUCUCCUGCUUUUAUUGGAAACGGUGAAGGCUGCUUUGAGCACUGUGAUUCUAAAUCAGCCACCAAGAGAAGAAAACGUUGUUCUUGGCUCUGAUCUCACCCUCAAUUGCAGUUUUCAGAACCUGCAGCGUAUCAGCGUAAACUGGAUUUUUCACCAAAAUAACAAAUUAAGCUGCAAUGACAUGACCUCUGCAAAGAAACUGAAUGACAACAGUAUAACAACAAAGGACACUUGGUCAGCAUUAAACCUUAAACAGGUCACAUACAAUGACAGUGGAUGGUACUAUUGCAAAAUUAGUGUAGAGAUUCCCAUCUUGAAACAAAACUGCAGCAAUGGAACUAAAGUCACAGUUACAGCCAAGAGGAAAGAUCCCACUUAUUCCCCAGACUGGAAGGUGUGGGUAGCAGUGGGAGUAUUGGGUGCCAUACUGAUCAUUCUAGUGGUCACAUUCUGGAUGUUAUUCGAACGAAAGAGACGCAUGAGAAGAGAGAAUCCGAUCUAUACGAAUAUGCCUCCACCUGCAAAAAAACAGCCCUCCCCACGUCCAGGAAAACAGAUGGACAACCAGAAGAUUUCUGCUCUUGAAGAACUCAGCACAGCCUUUGACAACAAACUCAUCAGGAAUCCAAAUCCACCUCGCGUUCAUAACUGUAGACAGCUUAGAAUUCCAACUCCAUCCCAGGCCAAUGGCAGCAAAUGGAGUCCAAAAACUUAAGACAAUUUAUAAUUCCAAAAUGUCCUCUCUUAGGAAUUCUGAUUAUUCUCAGCAAGUAAUUUAAUCUAUUGUGAGUUAACUUGACUCUGUUCUGGAAUGUCUUACAUUGUUAGGAACAGGUGAUUUGUUCAGGUAUUGAAUAUGCUGGAUGCUAUGACAAAGCAAAGACAGUAUUUAUAAAGAACUUUCUUCACCAGAGAGUCUGGUGCAGACUCACGUUAACAACCUGCUCUCUCAGUGAGGGUAUUCCGGUGAAAUUCUCUUCGAUCCCUCAUUCUGCAAGUUAAUGGAGUGAACAGCGUCAAAUAUUGCUUUGUCUAAAAUGUUAUGUUGACUUGUAACCUCAUUGAAAUCACCAAGAGACUGAGUUAAGAUUUCAAUGUUCCCAGCAACAGGAGCUCAUAUUUGAAAAAACAUUUUGGGGGGCUGCGCUUCCUUAUUUUUCCAGCAGAUGGCAUGCCGUAGUAGCCUACUCAAUUUAGAAAAUGUUGUGUAAAGGCUAAUUUUGCAAUAAUUAAAAUAAGGGCUUUUUUCAGAAAUAGAUUUUAAAUGUCUAACCAUGCAGAAGAAUGAAAGCUAUUAAAAAAAAAAGCUAAUGUGCAAUAAUUCCUAAUUCAAUUCCAUAUGUCCAUAUUUUCUUAAUGUGUUUACAUAAUGCUGAACUAAUAAAAUAUGUA